AUGUCACAAUAUUACGGCGCGCCGCCGAACCAAGGCUAUGCCCCCUCCGGCGCCCAAAACCUUCAGUUCUACUCGUCCAACUACGCACAACCAGUCUCCGGCCACGCAACGCCAUCACAAGCAUCCUAUGGCUAUGGCGGGCCCUCGACGGGCGCCUAUGGCGCAUCGGCCUCUUUCGAUUCCGGUUUCGGCGACCCAGCAGAUGUGUCCGGGCGGAUGGGCGAGCAGGGAGGGCUCCGCACAGGCUGGCUGGCCGCCUUCUCGACGGAGGGCUACCCUACCGAGCCGCCGCUGCUGGAAGAGCUGGGCGUGAACGUGAACCACAUCGGAGCAAAGACCCUCGCCGUCCUCAACCCCUUCAGCCGCAUCGACCAACACCUCAUGGACGACAGCGACCUCGCCGGCCCGCUCUUCUUCUUCCUCCUCUAUGGCACCUUCCUCCUCCUCUCCGGCCGCGUCCACUUCGGCUACAUCUACGGUCUCGCCGUCUUCGGCUCCGUCCUCCUCCACGCCAUCCUCUCCCUCAUGGCCCCCUCCCAAACCCCCGACGGCCACCCCCAUUCCCACGCCAGCGCCAGCCCAGGCCCCGCGGCCGCCGCCAUGGGAGGAGGCGCCCCGGGCGUUGCUGGCGGUAGCGGCGCGCCCGACGGCACGGGCAACAGCAACAGCAACCUGACGUUUGCCCGGUCAGCUUCGGUGCUGGGGUACUGUCUGCUUCCCUUGGUCGCGACCAGCAUGGCGGGGAUCUUCAUGCCGAUGGACAAGCCAGCGGGGAUUACGCUGUCGACGGCGGCGAUUGUGUGGUGCACGUGGAGCGCGAGUGGGAUCUUUUGUGCGGUGGGCGGCAUGCGAGGGAUGCGUGCGCUUGUGGCGUACCCGCUGGCGCUGUUUUAUGUUGGGUUUGGUAUCAUUGCUGUGUUUAGUAGCCGUGGCAGUGGGUCUUUUGCGAAGGUGGCGGGGGCUGGGGGAGGGGGUAUUUGA